CACCGCGACGUCUUUCGACUCCGCCCCUCUCUCUCUCUCUCUCUCUCUUUCUCUCUCUCCUCCUCCUACUCCGAGUUCCAAAGGUCAGUCACAAAAUAAACUGAAAACAAUCAGGUAAAUAUGCAACCCAGGGGGAAGGAACAAGCAAAUUUUCCAGGAAGACCUACCUCACCGUUUCUAGCAGCUCCACAAUCUUCAACACCUUUCAGAUCUCCAGGACCUGUUGGUGGCAUUGAAGCAUCUGGUCCUUCUCGAGCUACCACCCCCUUUGUAACUUCGGGUCCCAUGACUGGCUUGGGGGCAUCAGGUUCUCCACAAAAUAUGUCUCCAUUCUUAUCCUCCGGACCUGCUAUUGGCACACAACCUUCUAGCUACAGAGCACCACCACCAUCUAUGAGGUCUAAUGGCCCUUCGAGUCCUCCUACUUCAUCUUUUUCAGCACAAGAUGCCAGCACUUAUCAGCAAUCACAGGCCCUAGGAUUUCCUCCAGCUCCCAUGCAUCCUCCUCCUAUUGGUCAGCCACAUAUGCCUCCAAGUGGAACUUUUCGUCCUCAGUCCCAAAUUCCGGUGGUGCCAAUGGGUCCUCCUCCUCAAAGUUCAUCCCAGUUGACAUCAAGAAGCAAUAUGCCACCGUCAUCAGGGUCUGUAUUUUCUGCACCCAGAACACCACCUCAGCCAUUGUUGCAGGGGUAUUCCAAUGUUCCCCAAAGGGCUAAUGUUCCCCCAUUUCAACCAGAUUCACAGUUUCAAGCUUCUAGACCAGUUUCCCAACCACUAAUGCAGGUCUAUCCAGCUGCCCAUGUUCCUCCCACACACACUUCUCAAUAUCAUGCUCACCAAAGUCUUGUACCACCACCACCUCCAGUUGGAGGUCCUAUGGGUUUUAGUUCAAGGGAACAACUGCAGCAUCCUUUGACAGGACCUCCUAUAGGAGGUGUUCAAGGUCUGAUUGAAGAGUUUCAAUCAUUAACUGUUGGAUCGGUUCCUGGGGCUCUUGAUCCUGGAGUUGACACCAAGUCACUUCCAAGGCCACUAAAUGGAGCUGAAGAGCCAACUAAAAUUCUUGAGGUGUACCCUUUCAAUUGCCACCCACGAUUCAUGUGUCUGACAACUCAUGCAAUACCAAAUUCUCAGUCAUUACUUUCUAGGUGGCAUUUGCCUCUUGGAGCAGUGGUUCAUCCUCUAGCUGAAGCUCCUGAUGGGGAAGAGGUACCAAUUGUGAAUUUUGGGCCAGCAGGCAUCAUUCGGUGCCGAAGAUGCCGAACAUAUGUAAAUCCAUAUGUGACAUUCACGGAUGCUGGAAGGAAGUGGAGGUGCAACCUUUGUUCUUUGCUCAAUGAUGUGCCUGGAGAGUAUUAUUGUGCUUUGGAUGCCACUGGCAGAAGAUGUGAUUUAGACCAAAGACCUGAGCUGUCCAAGGGUAGUGUAGAAUUUGUUGCUUCAACAGAAUAUAUGGUUCGACCGCCAAUGCCACCUCUAUAUUUUUUCCUUAUUGAUGUAUCAGUAUCUGCCGUUUGUUCUGGUUUGCUUGAGAUUGUCGCAAAGACCAUCAAGUCCUGUCUUGAUGAUUUACCGGGCUUUCCUCGGACACAAAUUGGUUUUAUUACUUUUGACAGCACAUUGCAUUUCCACAACCUGAAGUCUUCUCUGACACAGCCUCAAAUGUUGGUGGUAGCUGAUCUGGACGAUGUAUUUCUGCCCUUGCCUGAUGAUCUUCUUGUCAACUUGUCUGAUUCUAGGCAUGUAGUGGAUGCAUUUCUAGAUAGCUUGCCCGUUAUGUUCCAGGGCACUUCCAAUGUGGAAUCUGCCUUUGGUCCUGCUCUUAAAGCAGCAUUCAUGGUUAUGAGUCAACUUGGAGGGAAGUUGCUGAUAUUUCAGAGUACAUUGCCUUCUCUUGGUGUGGGCCGCUUAAGACUUCGUGGAGAUGAUCUUCGAAUGUAUGGGACUGAUAAAGAGCAUACUUUAAGAUUACCUGAAGAUCCAUUUUAUAAGCAGAUGGCUGCUGAGUUUACGAAGAAUCAGAUAGCAGUGGACAUAUAUGCUUUCAGUGAAAAGUAUUCAGAUAUUGCUUCUUUAGGAUCUCUGGCCAAGUAUACUGGUGGCCAGGUAUAUCAUUAUCCAUCUUUCCAGACUGCUGUUCACCAGGAGAAACUUAGGUAUGAGUUGGCCAGGAAUCUCACAAGGGAGACUGCCUGGGAAGCUGUAAUGCGCAUAAGAUGUGGGAAAGGGGUCCGCUUUACAACUUAUCAUGGACAUUUUAUGCUAAGGUCAACUGAUUUAUUAGCUCUUCCUGCUGUGGAUUGUGACAAAGCCUUUGCAAUGCAGUUAUCUUUAGAAGAAACCCUGAUGACAACUCAGACUGUAUACUUUCAAGUUGCCCUUUUAUAUACUUCCUCAUCAGGCGAGAGACGCAUCAGAGUCCAUACAGCAGCUGCUCCAGUAGUAGCUGAUCUUAGUGAGAUGUACCGCCAGGCAGAUACCGGAGCCAUUGUUUCUUUGUUGGGAAGGCUUGCAAUUGAGAAUUCACUGUCACAAAAGCUGGAAGAUGCUAGACAGUCAUUGCAGCUGAAGCUUGUGAAAAGUCUUAAAGAAUAUCGGAAUCUCUAUGUUGUCCAGCAUCGGUUGGGCGGGAGAUUGAUAUUUCCAGAGUCUUUGAAAUUCUUGCCAUUGUAUGUGUUGUCUCUUUGUAAGUCUGUAGCUCUUCGUGGAGGGUAUGCUGAUGCUCUUCUAGAUGAACGUUGCGCAGCUGGUUACAAUAUGAUGAUAUUACCUAUAAGCGGGAUGCUUAAACUUAUCUAUCCUGACUUAUUUAGGAUAGAUGAGAACCUUCUGAAGGACUUUAAGGAUGGUCAGGAACCACUGAGACAGUUACCACUAUCUGCCCAAAGUUUAGAUCCUAAAGGUGUUUACGUUCUGGAUGAUGGAUUCAACUUCAUUAUUUGGUUGGGCAGGAUGCUCUCAUCUGAUUUGUUAAAUAACAUAGUUGGUGUUGAGUUAGCCAGCUUCCCCGACCUAUCUAGGGUUGUGUUGUGCCAACAUGACAAUGAGAUCUCAAAAAGACUAAUGAGGAUAUUGAAAGAAUUGAGAGCAAGGGAUCCUUCCUCUUAUCAGUCAUGCCGUCUGGUAAGGCAGGGUGAACAGCCAAGAGAACUGUCCUUGUUUCUCACAAAUCUUGUGGAGGACCAGACUGCCGGAUCCAGUGGCUAUGUCGAUUGGAUUCUUCAAGUAUUCAGGCAAUCACAAGGCUCGUGAAGAUGGUAUAACGACAGUAAUCGUCCCUUUUUUUCCUUGCCAUGUUGGCCUCAGCAUCAUCCAAUUCAUGUUUGCAGGUGUCGAGCUCACUGAGUUCUGAAGCAUUUUUCUGUUAUCUGUGAAUGCAUAAGUAACCUUGAAUCAAGACAAUUAAAGAUCGAGUCAGAUUCGGUUUAAAGUCCCUUUUGUAAUGGUUUCUUGUUUUGCUAAAUACCCUCUGUUUCAUUCAAAGUAUCGAGUAGAAAUUUCUUUCUUUGUAUCACAAU